AGAGGAGAAGAAGGAUCGGUUCGUCUGAAUCGAAGGCGCUGAGCUAGGGUUCCAGGCGAUGGAUUGUCAGCCGCGGCGGAUCGCCAUCGCGGACUCAUAAAAACAGGCGCCUAGCAGCGCGCAAGAAUAGGCGAUCCAGGUAUUUCCCAGAUCAGUUCGUCAUAAAUCUAUUCGUCCCGGCGUUGCGGCGAUGCUCGUCUUCCUGGGCUUGGGGCGAGCCACCAACAGGCAGAGAAUCUCAAGUGGCUCCUCCGGCUUGUCAACAUGAAGGGUUUGUUCCAAGAGGGACUAGUCAGUGAAUCGGAUGUCACGUCCUUGCGCCAGAAGAUACUGGACAACAUCGAUGUUUGCUACGAUGGAGGCGAGUACCCCCAAGUGACGAGAGACAAGCUUCUGUUCCUCCAGGAGCUUCUGUGCGCGCGAUGCAUCUCGGAAGAAGAGUAUCCCGCGGUGAAGAAGUCGCUUCUUUACAGGCUAGCAGCUCAAGGGGCGGAGAUCAAUGCCAGUGACAUUGUCUUGUCGUGCCCGGCAGCCACAGCCAGUGCUCCAACUUCACCUGUGAGAGCAAGGAUGAAGAAUGCAGAGUCAACAGGAGAUGAUCCUCGGGAGAAGCUAAAGGACGAGGCAAUGCAAAGAGUAGCGAAGAGCAAGUCCCCGGUGCAGCACUUGUUCGAAGCUGCAAGCAGAGUGGGAAGAAUAACGAGAGAAGAGUUCCUCACGGACUGGACUCGACUUUAUCAGUGCCAGAGACUAGAGUCUGACACCUCGGAUCAAUGCGGGUCGCCCCUCUUCUACUCUCCAAGCGGUUCCGUGUCCACGAUGGAAAGCUCUUCCAACGGUUUCUUCUCUACGGUUGGAAGCUCUCCAAAGGCUCCUCCAUCCGCCGAAGCAUGCUCAGACGAUGAUGGAAAGUCCUUCCAAGGCUCCCGCGUCUGCCGAAGCAUGCUCAAAGAAGAACUCUGCAUCAGUCGAAGCGUGCUCUAAGAUGUCCAAGAUAGAAAUCCUGCAAAGGCUCCUCCAUCAGCUGAAGCGUGCUCUAAGGACGGCUUUGUGUCUACGUUGAAAAGUCCUUACAAGGCUGCAACACCCGUCGAAGCUAGCUCUACAAAGAAGUUCCAAGCCAAGGGGGGAGCUUCUACUGACUUUUAUAUUGACAAGGUUCUUGGCGAAAACAUUAAGGAGCUUGAGCGAGAUCAACAGGCAGACAGUUCUAUGAUCAUGACACUGACUCAUUGCAAAUGGGUGGCAGGAACGAUCGAAUAGAUGCAAUUGCACCAUGGCUCUAAGUCCGAGCUGAUGCGCUUCUUUCCAAAGGCCAUGUUAAAGACAUGGAAGCGGCAAGCAAGAAUGCGAAGCAGAAAGCGGCGAUCUGGGAACAGUCGCGAGAACGACGCCACAACAAUGCCAUCACAUCUAAGCAAAUGAGCAGCAAAUCCAGCGUGAACACCCGGUGCUUCACAAGCACGGACGAGAGCUCACCCCGGCCAAACAAAGUCACAAUGCGAGCGUGGAGCAAUCCGAGAGGGAGCUGGACGGGAAGCUAUGCGCGGAGAUUGAGAAGCUACCACACAGAAAAACUCUAGAAUUUCAAGCAGUCUUAAAACGGGCGAGGCAUGAUCAUCUCGCCAACCUUGAGCUAUAGCCUUUAGUGUUUUUGCGAUGCAAUCAUCGCCGGGAGAUCCAGCCACUUCCGCGGCUAAUCCAUGGGCUCCUCGCGAGCAAGUGGACUUGGGCUUUGAUUGACCAGCUCUACUCAGGACGAACUCCACUCAGACAUUCACGUAAGAACUGUCAUUUCUAUGAUCAUGACGCUUACUCAAUUCGUGGUGGUGCUGGUGGUGGCGAGAAGGAAAGUUUUAAGAUUACACUACACACUCUGGAGGUUCUUUCGUCUCGAUCUUUAUUUUUCUCUCUAGCUAUCUUUUGGAUGACUCUCUCGUUCUAUCUCUCUUUCUCUUUCUCUUUAAUUUUCGAUUGUCUCGAAGAUCACGGGAUUGUGUUCUUCGUUGUUCGAGUUUUGGUUGGUGUAUAGUAAAGAAAGAAUAUUCAGAUUUU